AUGGGUUUUCGGAGUAAGAGUUACUCCGUGCAGGUGAUUGAGAAUUCAGUCGUGCAUGCUGACGAACCAUGGAAUGACCACUGGUUACCCUUUACAAACCUAGACUUGCUUGUUCCACCAUUUGAUGUUGGCUCUUUCUUCUGCUACAAGAAACCCUCCCAUGGGAGUUUCCUCAACAUGAUAAACACCCUCAAAACUUCCUUAUCUCGAACCCUCGCACUCUACUACCCACUUGCUGGUGAGAUCCUAUGGAAUGCAGCUGCCGGAGAGAACCAAAUUCACUGCAACAACCGAGGAGUCCACUUCAUCGAAGCUGUUGCAGACGUGCAGCUCAAGGAACUCAAUUUGUAUAAUCCUGACGACAGCAUUGAGGCCAAAUUAAUCCCUAAGAAGCUACAUGGUGUGCUUGCUAUUCAGGUUACAAUGUUUCCAUGCGGAGGCAUGGUGUUAGGAUGCAUGUUUGAUCAUCGGGCAGCGGAUGGAUGCUCAGCUAACAUGUUUAUCUCAUCAUGGGCAGAUAUGGCGCGAUCCGGAACCCCAUCUAUGUUGCCUUCCUUUCGGAGGUCGAUCUUUAAUCCAAGGUCCCCAACCAGUUAUUCCUCGUCCAUAAACGAUGUGUUUGCUCUAUAUGAACCCACGCCCAUUCUCAAUAAUGAAGAAAACCAUGAUGGUGGAGAUUCUUUACUCAUUAAUCGUAUAUUCCACGUUGAGGGUGAGCAGCUUAACAGGCUACAACUGUUGGCGAGUGAAAGUGGGAGUAGGAGGUCGAAGCUAGAGGCGUUCACUUCUUUCUUGUGGAAGCUAGUCGCAUUGAGUUUGGAAGAGUCAGGAAAUCACAACCAACUGUGUUGUGUUGCUGUUGCAGUCGAUGGAAGGAGUAGACUGAGCCAGGGAGAUGGAGAAGAGAAAGAAAAACUAACGACUUCGCACUUUGGUAAUGUGUUAUCGAUGCCUUAUGGGGAAAAAAGAUCACAUGAGUUGAUGGAAAUGUCAUUGAGCAAUGUAGCUACGGAGGUUCAUGAGUUCUUGCAUACUGCCACUGGGAAAGACCAUUUUCUUGACCUCAUCGACUGGGUGGAAGAACGACGGUCAAUGCCACUAAUAUCGAAGGCUUUUGCUGAUGGAGAGACGGCGGUGAUGGUUUCAUCGGGACAGAGAUUUCAGAUCAUGGACAAGAUGGAUUUCGGGUGGGGUAAGGUGGCCUUUGGAUCAUGCCAUGUCCCGUCUGCAAGGAAAGACUGUUACGUGAUGACGUUGCCCAGUCCAACUAACAAAGAGGAUUGGGUUGUCUACAUGCAUCUCCCAAUGAUUCAUAUGAACUAUAUUGAGGCACAUGCUGGGCAAGUGUUCACUCCGAUGAAUGUUGAUUACCUCGGGCUUUGA